CUCGGUUUACGGGGCGUGUCUGUGAUAUUCGCGUCAGGCGACACUGGUGUCGGCAGUGCGUGUCAAUCCAACGACGGCAAGAAAACGGCACGCUUUACGCUGAAUUUUCCGGCCACGCGCCCUUAUGUAACCCCUGUACGAGGCACUUACGCUCUAGAUUCGGAAAUCGAAGCUGCUUUUUCGUCGGGAGCGUUUUCCAAUUACUUCGUGACACCCCCUUAUCAGGGCAACACUACGAAGGCCUACAUUGCUAAGUUGGGCAACAGCAGUAAAGGGUAUUUUACCACCUCUGGUCGUGGCGACCCGGAUGUCUCCGCUCAAUCUGUGCGCUGCCUGAUUGAGAGCCAGGAUCAUUUGCAGUUCUUGUACGGAAUGUCUUGCGCAGCGCCAACCUUUGCUGCCGUCAUAUCCAAUUUGAACAACAAAGCGUUUAGCGCAGGGGAAGGGAAAGCUCGGCUUCUUAAACCCUUGGUUGUAUUCCCAGGGCAUCCAGGCAUUCGACGAUACCAUUCUGGGACGGUCUCGUGGGUGCUCGGGC